CCUCAUCACAGCCAUACCAGACUAUUCUUUCGUAGCUGCGCUCAGGACGUUGCUGUUCGCGAUUUCACUUCGACUCACGUACAUCCAUAAUGGCAAUGGGGAAUAAAAGACGUUUAGAAAUUCUAUUGAUUCUCUCUAUCGUGGCAAACUUUUCGUUUGUUGUGAUCCAAAUAUUCAGCAGCGAUAAGGAAAAAAGACUGAAAUCAAACAUUGAGAUUUUACGAACAUUAGAAGGUUACAGCAAAGAAGGUAAAGGGUUUCGUCAUAACUUGCUGUUAGAUGAAAGUUUUCAAAUAAAUAGCCAGACUUUCAAGAAAGAUGGAAGACCAGCUACUCAGUCUGCAGCAACGGUUGAUUCAACCACGCAACGGUCAAAUAAUAUUAGGGCUGUGCCCACCAAGUUGUUACGACCAAAGGAUGAGCGCUUGGAAGAUGGGCCUAAGAUCGACAGGAAACCUACGCGAUCGAAGGUCAAUAUUACGAUGAAAGAAUACUGCCCUGAAGGAGGUGAUAAGCUAGAGGGACUAAAAAAAAUAAAUGUGAAGCAACUGGUAGAUUCAGUUCAUCUGGUAGACACUCUGUCUGUAGAAAAUGGCGGGCUGGUAGAGUUUGGAGGCUGGUGGGAGCCCAAGCAUUGCAAACCAAGAACGAAGGUGGCUAUCAUGCUGCCCUAUAGGAACAGAGAAGUGCAACUGCAGUCAUUUCUUUUGCACAUGCACCCGAUAUUCCAGCGUCAACUUAUAUCGUACAGGGUAUUUGUGAUUGAACAGGUUGGCGUAACCUCAUGGAACAAAGGAUCCAUUUAUAACAUUGGUUUUGACAAGACAAGAAAAAUUGAUGACUACGAUUGCUAUAUUUUCCACGACAUCGAUCUGCUGGCAGAAAACGAUAAGAACUAUUAUGGAUGUCCAUUCACUCCGGCUCAUAUGUCCGUUGCAGUAGACACCCUCAAGUAUAAGCUACCAUACCCGACCAUAUUUGGGGGUGUCGAAGCUUUCUCAACUGAAGAGUACAUUGCCAUCAAUGGAUUUUCAAACAUGUAUUGGGGAUGGGGUGGUGAAGAUGACGAUCUUUAUACGAGAGUUGCGCAUAAGGGUUAUAAGUUGUAUCGUCCUCCUCAAGCUGUGGGCCGGUACACAAUGAAUCAAGUGAACCAUUUCAGAAGUGAUGGGAGGACUGUAGCAAACCAAAAAAUGUAUCAUGAUUCCAAAACACGGAAGCAGAGAAUUGACCUUGAUGGGCUAAAUAGAAUACAAUCUUUGCAGUAUACGUACAAAGUGAUGGAGGAGCCUUUAUUUACUAGAAUUGCAAUAGACUUGAAAAGGUCGCGAGAGUUGAAGAUCUGAUGCCGUUAGUAGUGUAAUUUUUGUAUAUUUAAGGUUCAACCAUUUCACUAAAAAUUUUGCAAUACUGAUCAAAAUACUCACAAGGAGUCAUAGACUGGAAGCGCAAGAAUGGCUUCACAUAUUGCCAGAAUGAAUACUUGAAUUUUAUGCAUCAGUAUUGUUAAUGUUUUAUACAAAUGACCAAAUGACUGCUCUCGCUAUAAUGGAGGAGUAGGUCGUAGACAGGGAAAUUCACUCCCUGAAGUUUGUAUUGGUCUAUGACCUCUUCAUGACUGUCGCGUCUUUAUUGUGCCAAAGUAGCCCUUGAGUUAUUGCUAUAAUUCUAUUUUGAUAUACUAACUAAGAAUAUUUUUUGGUAGUUUUGUUGAUAAAUCCAAUAAUGAUAUAUUUAUAUGUCCUGUAUUAUUUAGAACAUUUUCCUAGCCUAACCAUCAUUUAAAAGUUAAUGUUAUUUUGCAAAUUUCCGUUAAUUUUAAGCAGGGUCACUCAUAGACAGAAUCGGGGUGCUUAAUAUUAAGGGCAUCUUCACCAAAGUAGAUUUUUGGGAUCAUGUUACUCAGGCCUAGUGGUUUUUGAGUUCAGUAUUCUGUUUCAUUGCUUUCUAAAGCCUGUGUUUUCACAGAUUUAUUACAAACAUUUGUUAGAGCUCAUGAAAUUGUAGAUUGCGUAGAAGCACUAAUAGAUGAACUGCGUAAUAGAAAACGUCAAAACUGAAUAUUGGCCAUCGUUUAGAUCCAUGUCAGAGCCCUUUCGGUUUGCCAUUGAAAAAUCUCUUCAACAUCUCCACAUUACCCUACUCAUAUCUAAAUAGCCCCCGCGAAACUAUUAUUUCCCAGUGAACCUUUUUCUGCUCAAGCUUAAGAGGCUAACACAAAAGUACGAUAACAGGUCCUGCCUUAGAAAUGUAGUUUUAGCGAAUUCCCCUCAUGCCUCCUAGAAUGGAGAGUUAUUUUACCCUAAAGAUUCGAAACAGAUUACUCCUUUUAAAAUUUCUUAUCACUCCCGCCCGCUGGUUCGGUUGUGCCUUUGGUUGUGCUCAAAACACUCACAGAGAAUGCGAUGUUCCAGUUCGCAUGCCCUUGCUACUACAUCUACACCUUCUUUUAGAAUAUUUUGGCUCAUUGCUUAGAGGUCUGUACGGUAGUAUUAUUUUGGCGCGAUGUUUUCAAUUUGCAUUUGUAUCUCUUGAGGUUUUUGUAUGACACUACUCCCGCGUCCUCUUUCUUAUAUCAUAGUGCUAACGCUGAUUACGUACUUUAUUACGGCUUAUCCAUAUUAAAGUUUCUUAUGCCUAUAUCAUUCACUGGUUAAUUACGUUUGAUUACUGUACAUUAUUGAAAAUCAACGACGAUUAGAUCCUCAUUCUGAUAUGAAAUGCUUUUGUUUGUUUGUUUAUUAUAGCUAAGCUAAUAUAAUAUUACGUCAUGUUUUGUGCUGCUUAACAAUUGACAUCGUUGAUAUUUGAUAGAGAAACCGGUGACGAGCCAAGAAAGCUUGAAUGCGGAAAUAGGGUGUACUAUCUGUGGCCUUUCUUAUAAUUGUAUUAGAUAUCAUAUUUUCUGUAGCUUUGCCAAGAUCCUCCAACACACUCGCUACUCCAAAGUCACUUUUUGGCUAAUUCCCUUUGAUCUAGACUAUUUGAAAUGACCCCCUGGAAACCCAUAUGUAGUAACUGGACCAGGCUUUCCAUCAGUCUCACCGGGUUUUUAUUAGCUGGUGUGGUUUUGCUUUUUUAUGAUGUUAAAUUGUAUACUAUCGAAUAUUUUACAUGAGCAACAAUGAAUAGAAAUAUAGACUAAAUACUAUUUGCGUUGUUGUAACCGUCGUCAAGACCAGGGGCAAAUCCGUUUUUAAAAGGGGCACAGAAAUGAUUUUUGCCAACAAAAAGGGCGUGUCUCGCUCUUUAAUGGUGUGGUCACAAGAUAAGCAAUGUUAUAUUCUUUUAUGUGCUGCUAUUUCAAACUUCAUAUCUUAGUGCCAUACACUCUUUUUUAUAAGAACCAGUAAAUUUGAGUUCAUGCUGACUGUUCUUAAUAUUUUCGAAAAUCUGAGACUGGAUUGUUCUUAAUUUGUUCUUAAAUUAAUAGGGUGUAAGCAGUGCCAAUGCUAGCUUUUUCGCUCUAGAGAGGUGUUCAAGCCUUAUUUGCGAACAAAGUGAGUGAGACAGCCGUAAUUUGCUGACAAAUUUGAGUAUUCAUCGAAAAAGCACCCACAUAUCGCUAAAAAUUUUCGAUUUUGAGAAAAAACGUUGUUCAAAAUUGCAUUUUGCAGAAGCUCAGCCUCAGCUUGUUCUUAAUUUGUUCUUAACUUUUGACCAAUUUUGAGGCUUGUGUUCUUAGAAAAUUGUUCUAAUAAAAAAGAGUGUAGUUUGAGGGUUCAACUGCUACAGAAAUAUUAAUACAUUACAAUUGUUGCAAAAAUGUUAUAGGGUGAAAACAAUUCUUUCGCCCGACGAAAAUCUUUUAUGUGCCUUUGGUGACGCCCCUGGUCAAGAUGGCCCACCCUUCUCUAUCAUCUCCGAUCUUACGAGCUAUAAACAUCUAAAUAGUCAAUAUUUUGAUUUAGAUAAAGCUGUGAUGUAUUCUUGUUUAGUCUAGAAUCUUAAAAGUGAAGCCGACGUAUAUCUUAUUGUGAUAUCACAUCUUAUAACAGUAAGAGCCUAUUGUAAUGGAAUGAUUUUAGAACAGAAUUGAUGACGUCAUAA